GCAAACCCCACCAUUGUAACAAGAGGAGCAGUGUAGGGACACAAUCGCUACCAGUAAACACAGGGCGACACUAUCACCGUUACACAUUUUAUUUAUCUCAAACCAUGGAUCGUUACGACGAAGAGGUUGCAAUGAAAGAAUCCAAGAGACGAGAGCGUCAACAAGGUUCAGCCACACGUUAUUUACAUGAUGUUGAAGCUCUAGAGGAGGCAGACUCCGACAUCGGCGCGUGUGGCUGGCUGUUGGUCGCGUGCUCUAUUCUCCUCAUGCUGCUUACUCUGCCCCUCUCCAUAUGGUGUUGCAUUAAGAUUGUGAAGGAGUACGAGCGAGCCAUUAUCUUUCGCCUGGGGCGUAUUUUGCGAGGAGGAGCCAAAGGUCCAGGGCUGUUCUUCAUCUUGCCAUGCACUGACAGCUUUAUUAAUGUGGACAUGCGCACCAUCACCUUCGACAUCCCUCCGCAAGAGGUUUUGACUAAAGACUCUGUGACAGUGAGUGUCGAUGGUGUGGUGUACUACCGGGUCCAGAAUGCUACCCUGGCUGUGGCUAACAUCACCAAUGCAGAUGCUGCUACCCGGCUGUUGGCCCAGACCACCCUGAGGAACGUCCUGGGCACCAAGAACCUGGCAGAGAUUCUGUCUGACCGUGAGGAAAUCGCACACAGUAUGCAGUCCACUCUGGAUGAUGCCACCGAUGACUGGGGGAUCAAGGUGGAGCGGGUGGAGAUCAAAGACGUCAAGCUGCCCCUUCAGCUCCAGAGAGCGAUGGCUGCCGAGGCUGAGGCCACCCGUGAGGCGAGAGCCAAGGUGAUUGCAGCAGAGGGUGAGAUGAACGCAUCACGGGCACUCAAGGAGGCCUCCCUUGUGAUUGCCGAGUCUCCCUCCGCCCUGCAGCUGCGUUACCUCCAGACCCUCAACACCAUCGCGGCCGAGAAGAACUCCACCAUCAUUUUCCCACUGCCGCUGGAGAUGAUGCAGGGCUUUAUCAAACAAUGAGGAGUCUCUAAACACGUCAUUCGCAUGUACACAAUCACACAACAUCUUAACAUACACACUCACAUUAAGGCCUCUGUGUUUAGUAAGCAUGUCUGUCUGUACUAUCAGUGCCACGUAGUGCUCGUGGCUUCUGAUGCACCAAGCUGUCCUCGAAGGACUAACAGUUGGUGUUAGUCACUACAGCAGCUUUUUAUCGCCUCACCAUUGUUGCAUUCAAACACACCACGAAGAACGUAGCUCUGAACGCUAUGCACCUGCGUGAGAGGAAAUAACUCCACACCAGGAGGGAGCAGCAGUCUGCAAAUCACAAUCUAGAAAAUAACUUUUAUUCUGCAGUUUUAUUUCUGUCUUUGUUUGUGCUACAAAUGUAGAAAUCUGGCGAGGUUCCCUGACUGUAGCCCUCAUCAUCUGUUGUACAAACAUGUUAAAGGAAAGUGCCUGCUGGAUGUGUGACCUUACACCUACACACACACACACACACACACACACACACACACAUACACACGCGCAUUUCUUUUCAUAUACAUUUAAUGUCUCCUGAUAUUGUGGCAACACUGCAUCCACUGCCACUAUUAAUGUGCUCUGAUCAGUUUAUAUUUAAGUGUUUUCCUGAUAUGAUGACUCUUUUGGCCAAUCCACAAAACCGUACUACUUUUUUAAAUGUUAGCUGUGCCAUUUAAAGUUUUUACUGAAUUUGAAUACAAAUCUCAUUCCAACCUCAGCACCAAGCUUACACUGUAUGUACACCGUACAGCAGUGAUACUAAAAUUACGGCCUGCGUUAGGGAGCCGGGCAGCCUGACGACCAUUUUUUAAUUCAAGAUGACAACAAGUAGAACCACACUGGGAAUUUUUGUGUACUUUAAAUGUUAAUAUGGUGCUAGAGUACAUAAAAAAAACAUAAAAAUAGACAUUACUCCAAAAAAAAGUGCGUGCCAAGGAGAAUCCUUUCCAGCAGAGGUCUGGGCUAAACCCUGAAUGUCCUCAAAUCUAUGAAACACCUCUGUACACCUCACCUGUGAGGGGACUGCUGCAACUGGAUUGGCAAAAAUGAGUGAGCCAGCAAACAUGACAAUGUUGAAAACAGGCAAAUAAUUCAUCAUAUGAAAAUAUUGAUAUUUGCUUUUUAACUGGCCCCUGGCCUCCUGUCAUUUUGCUGAAGUGUCCCCUGAGUAUCCCUGCUGUACAGUAUACUGUUGUACUUAACCUACUCUGCUCCCGACUGUUCUUGGCACAGUGAGAGAAAGAAAUGCUGUCAUGCUGGUAUAACGAUCCUCUUAGCUUUUUUACAUGCAUGAGAUGGAUCCAUGCAAAAGCUGCAGUGCUGUAAUCUUGGUAGAUCGUGUUUGGUUUGCUGUAUCACAAUACUAACCGUCAAAAGAGGUAGGCAGUAAUCUUCUAAUUACCUCCUGGGCAUGUAGGGAUUAGAGUGAAGUUAAUAACACAGAAACGCACACUUUAAACACCGUUUCUCCUGUUGCCAUGACUUUUGUCUCAGAUAACAUCAAACCUUGAAUAUGUUACUUGUGUAUAGUUACAGUAUGCUUUUAUCCAUACAUAUGUUACGUGUGAGAAAGAGGACAAAAUAUGAGCUAAACCUCAGAUCGCCAUGCAGUUGACUGUCUAAAACGAACACACAUUUGGGAGUUGUUCCUGUUAUUUUGUCCACCUCCUUUCUGGCUUUACUGCUUAGGAGAAGCUGGGAUUGUUAGCAAGAAACUUAUCGCAAACCUUUUAGCCAAAAGCCUUAACUUACUGCCAUUGAUUCAUUUUAACCUCACGUUUCUAUGCACUCGCUUAAAAAAAACAAUUAGGUAAAUAAAAUCUCUUAGUUGUUUUUAUUUAGAUAGUAUAUUUAACAGUAUUUUAUCACAUGCGCUUUUCAGUAUAAACAAGCCAAAUAAUUAAACAUCUUUGUAUCUAUCUGUCUUUAAACUGACUCUAUUUUCCCUCCUUUUGACAUAUAAAGGACAGAAGUGUUGGUAAAUUCAGUAUCUACAGUAGUGUGUGUGUGUCUGCAUAUACAGUAUGUGUACACUGUAGUUGUAGUCCUGUGAAGUUUAUUAUAGUUUUGCAGUGACUCAACAUGGUUUCAGGUUUGUAACGUCUGAAUCCAGGUUUCAAGUUCACGAUAGAUUUUUUUUGUUGCAUGACUUAAGCUACUGUCUGUAUAUUUGGGUCGCUACAACAAAGAGUGUUUUAUUUUGAGUUCGGAGAAAGUUACGCUAAGUUGGGUUUGAACUGUGUUACAGAAAGAAGAGAGGUAGUUGCUGCUGAUCACCGAACAGCAACCAAGCAGUGUUCCUGUUCUGUUAGCCUUUACUUAAGAAAAACUGUUCACUAAACUUCAGUCCUACUUCUUAAGUGGUACUGACGUUUCUUUGUUAAUACAUAAAUGUUACACACAUUAUUUUUUCUUUUUUUUUUUUCCAGAAUUUAUGGUUGUUAGUUUUUGCAGCCAACAAAUAUUUUUUGUACUGUUUGCUAAUGUUUGAUAUAGCUCUAUCUUGACAUAAUACAAAUAUAUCAAAACCUAAAAUAAAGACGCUAUCAAAAAGCA